AUGGUUCUCACGGAUCAGAUACCUUUGCCGUUCAGAGUAGUGCUGCUGAUCUCGCUGAUCUCGUGGUUCUGGUGCUUGGUGGUUGUUGUGUGUGAAAGACGCGGGAUUCAGGUGAACAAGGUAUUCAAGUUUGAAACCACAACUGCUGGCUACGGGAGAUAUGUCACGCUGAGUGGUGUCUCGUUGCUUGUGUUCUUGUUGUACAGCACCUUCCACAACUAUGACGACGAUUCGCUGUCGCCGUGGGAUUUCAUCCCUUUGCUGUUGAUUCUAUGGUGCGUCUAUUACUUGGUUUCAACCUCGAAGAGACUGCGAACCACAGCUAUCAGGGAUAUCAAGGGCGGUAUCAACAGGGACAUUAGAACCAACGACAUUGUUUUUAGUGAUACGCUGACCUCAUGCUCGAAGAUCCUCGUUGAUUGUGCCAUUUACGUGUGCCAUCUUCUCAACGGAGUCACUUGUCUACCGAAAAGCUCAGGUCCUAAAUUGGACCGUCGCUGUGGUCAAAACUACUUGCUGGACUCGAUUGUUGGUUCUCUGCCUAACCUCAUUAGAAUAUCCCAGUGCCUCACUGAAUGGCGUGUGACAAACGACACCCAGCACAUUGGUAAUUUCUUCAAGUAUUGCUCGAAUUUACCAAUGGUUAUGAUAAACGUACUCAUUCAGUACAACUAUAACUUGAACUCCAUAUGGGUCUUGUUUGCAGUGGUGAACUCUUGCUACACCUUUUAUUGGGACCUGGUCAACGAUUGGGCCCUAUUUAAGAGACAAAGAAGGUUCCUCUAUCCAAAGAAACUGUACCUCGUGGUUGUGCUGUAUGAUCUGUUUGGAAGAUUCAUUUGGAUUGCCAAAUUUUUCAAGAACGAUAUCCUCUUCCAUACUGAAAACGGUUGGUUCUACUUAGAACUCAUCGAACUGUUCAGAAGAUGGCUUUGGAUUUUGGUCAAGUUAGAGGUGGAUUACAUUACAAUGGAGAAGGACUUUGGUUCCGGUAUACCGUUGUAA